AGUAGAUAUCCCGAGUUGUGCAGACAUAGAUCUCGUGCUUAUUGCUCGUAAGAAGAACAGUACUCAAAUUACUUUCGGAAUACAAUAAAGGAGCAUGCAACGUUGGCAAGGCAAGACUGCUGUGAUUAGUGGAGCUAGUGCCGGCAUUGGCGCCGCCAUCUGCGUGGUGUUGGCGGACGCGGGAAUGAGGGUCGUCGGCCUAGCAAGGAGACCACAGCUAGUUGACCAAUUACAGUCUCAAGUGAGAGGCAACGGUUCGAUACACUCGAGGCGAUGUGACGUAUCGAAUUCCGAUGAUGUGGCAGCGACAUUCAAAUGGAUCGAUGAGCAGUUUGGUAACAUUCACGUUCUGGUCAACAACGCUGGGAUAUUUCCAAAGGGACAUAUCACUGAAAUAGGUGAUAACAUUCUUUCUGAAGAAACGUUGAUGUCAGUAGUGGAUAUUAAUCUAAAAGGACCUGUGAUGUGUGCGCGACAUGCCGUCGCGUCUAUGAAGAGGGCCAGCUUUGAUGGACAUAUUAUUAAUAUAAACAGUAUCGCUGGUCACUAUGUUCCGUUUGCAGACAUGUUCAACGUAUAUCCGGGAACAAAGCACGCUAUCACCGCUUUCACAGAGACCUUGGCCAACGAGCUAGCGUACUUCAAUAGUAAAAUCAAAAUAACGAGUUUGUCGCCGGGCCUGGUGGGUACGGAUAUGGCUCCUCGCGUGGAUGGAGAGCUUUCUUUUGCAGCACUAUCGCCCCAGGACGUUGCCGAAGCUGUUCUCUAUGUAUUGUCCACGCCCCCUCAUGUUAAUAUCAAGGAAUUAACGAUAACACCGGUGUCGGAGAAACGACUUUAAUCUCAACGAUAAUGAGAAUCUGUGCGCUUAGUGCAAUUUAGUGGCUAGCGGCAAACGUAGGCAAACGUUCCAACUCUAUACAAAUUUGAGUUAACUUUUACGCUAUCGAGAACGUUAAUAAACUCGCACUAAGCGCACUACUCUUGGUUCCGUAGCGAUGCCGUUUUCAAGAGGAACCAAUUGUAUGAAUCAUUUAUCGAUAAUAUUAAUGAAUAAAAAUAAACUGAUGAAUGUACAAGAAAUGGAUUUUAAUGAAUUUUUUAAACGUAUUUCAUAAGGCGUUUAGUAGCCUAGUAAGUUUUUUUAAAAAGGUCUCAAACUUAAUUCGAAUCCCAAUUGAUUUUUGUUAUAGAUAAUUUUAAUAGUCGUAGUAAUCUUUUGAAAGAUCUAAAUUAUUAUCGAAUUAAGAGAUUAUUAACUGUGCAAUUUAAGGGAGCUUGUUUGUGAGUUUUUGGUACGCAAUUAAAAAAAAGAAUGCGUUCCAGCUCUUAUAUUUCGAAAUUAUCGUGCACACUGUAAAAUACUCACAAGCAAUUACAUAAUCUAUGAUGUCAUUUGAGGCUAACGGAACGCUGAGAUCAGUGGUCAUUUACUAGAACAAAAUUAUUAGCCAAAUAUUUCGUGUUUAGUUUAGUUACCAAUAUUUCGUGUUUAGUUUCUUACUGGUGGUAGGACCUCUUGUGAGUCCGCGC